AUGGCGGAUCGCGCCGAGAUGUUCUCGCUCUCCACCUUCCACUCGCUCUCCCCGCCGGGCUGCAGGCCCCCCCAGGACAUCAGCCUGGAGGAGUUUGACGACGAGGACCUGUCAGAGAUCACGGACGACUGCGGCAUCGGAUUGAACUACGACUCGGACCACUAUGAGAAGGACUGCCUGGUGCUGGAGCGCGGCGAGCAGCCGCACCCCGUCUGCACCUUCCAGGACGACUUCCAGGAGUUCGAGAUGAUCGACGACAACGAGGAGGAGGAGGAGGAAGAAGAGGAGGAGGAGGAGGGCAAUGAGUUGGAAGCUCCACCGUCCCCUUCAGCCUCACCCAUCCCCUCACCUGCCCUGGAGGAGACGCAGAAGCACCGGCCCACCACCCUCAACCUGACGGCCCCCGGCACCCAGGACUCCCUGAACAACAACGGCAGCUUCCCACCGCCCGCUCACCACACCACCUGGCAGGACGCCCUUCUCCACUCCUCCUCCUCCUCUUCCUCACACACUGGGCCUGUGGCUCCUCCCGGCCCCCCCGCCGGCCCCGACGCAGGCUCACCACCCCAGGCCCCCACGGCCGCCGACGGCUGCCGCGCCCCGCCAAAGCACGAAGCGGCUGGCGGCCGGGAGAGGCCGGCGCCCGGCGAAGGGCGUGACCUGGGGGCCAGGAGCCCGGGGUCCCCCACGGCCCCCCGUGAGCAGCCCGGCUCCCCGCGGCCCCAGGAGGAGCUGGUGGCCGGGGCCGUUGCCGAGCGGCGUGACGGGCAGGGCGCCCGGCUGACGGGUGCCUACAUGUGCCCCGCGGGGCCAGCGGAGCCGCUCAGCUCCGACGGAGAGGGCCCCCAGCCCAGCCGGGCAGCCAGCGUGCGCGGGCACCCCUCGGGCUCCUCGGAGACCACCUCGCCCUCCUCGGACCCCGGCAUCGAGGCUGACCUCACCAGCAGGACCGCCAAGCCCUUCCUGCCCGGUGGCCGGCACGGCGAAGACCUCAGCUCGCCCGGCUCUGACUCAGACGUGGAGGGGGAGAUCGAGGCGGCCUUUGCCGGUGGGCGCCUGGUCAGCAACAUGAUCUCCUCCAUCUCGGAGACGGAGCUGGACCUGAGCAGCGACAGCAGCAGCGGCAGGUCCUCCCACCUCACCAACUCCAUCGAGGAGGCCAGCUCGCCCACCUCGGAGGCUGAGCUGGAGACAGAGCUGGAGGCCCCCGGCCUGAUGGGCAUCAAGGACUCCCUGCUGCUGGACAAGGGCAAGGAGGAGGAGGAGGAGACCCUGGAGAGGGAGCUCCCAGAGCAUGGCAUGGUGAGGCGGGAGAGCCUGGCGGAGCUGAAGAUGGAGGACUACUACGACAGCCUGAACCCGGCAGACUCCUCUGCGCCCGUGGGCCAGACGGACGUCUCCACCUCCAGCCCCCUGGACCUGAAGAUCGACCCAGACCACAGCCUGGAGAGUAUCCGGCGCUCCUUCUACCUGCCUGUGGGGCCCAAGCUGAUGCCUGAGGCGGAUGAGGAGGACAACAGUGAGUACGACUCCGACUCGGAGUCGGAGCCCGACCUGAGCGAGGACUCAGACUCACCCUGGCUGCUCAGCAACCUCGUCAACAAGAUGAUUUCGGAGGGCUCCUACCCCAUCAAGUGCCCGGACGAGUGCUUCCAGCAGACCCACUCGCUCUGCGACACCAUCUCCCCGGCCUCCGACCUGGAGCCUGAGAUCCUGAGUGAGGCACUGGAUGGGGAACCCGGCUCGCAGGAUUCCCCGGUGGGCGCGGGGGAGCCGGCCACCCUGCCCCGCUGCCAGCGCGCCAUCGAGCUGGUGGACAUGGAGACGCUGCGCAGCUCCCUCCAGCGCGCCGAGGACGAGCAGCCAGGCCCCUUCCUCUUCCUGAGCAACCCCACCAACGACACCAUUGCGCCCGUCUUCCCAGGGCGCCCUGUCGCCCUCGACAGGCUGGGCGCCUCCGAGGUCCUGGCUACCUUCGGCUGCCGCCCCGGGCCACCCCACAGCCCCCUGCGCACCUCCCCCGGGACGGAGGCUGCCGCCGGGGAGCACCGCACCACCGUGGCACCACCCGCCACUGGCCCGGAGGACUGGGCCGUCGACAGGGACCUGGACUCGGGCGUCCUGGAGGCCGACGACAUGAUUGACGACGUCCGGUUAGUGCCCCAGGGGCAGGGCCCCGACGCCAGCCCACCCGCCCUGGACGUCUCCACCGCCAAGACCAACCGUGGCUUCACCAUGGCCUACUCCGCGGAUGAGGACGAGGCACCCUACCUGAAGGGCUCCUCCUUCCCUGAGGACCCGCUGCGGGGAAGCUUCGGGGGGGAGCUGCUGCCUGCCCCCGGGGCGCUGGAGCCGCGGGCGCUGGACGAGUCCCUGGUCUACGACUCGGUGAAGUACACGCUGGUGGUGGACGAGCACACGCAGCUGGAGCUGGUGAGCCUGCGGCGCUGCACCUCGGUGCUGAGCGAUGACAGCGACCUGCUCCGCGCCUGCGACCGCUGCGACCUGGAGGACGAGGCAGCCUUCGGGGACGGGCUGGUGGCCCCCGACGCCCACAGCUCCUCCGAGGACUCGUCCCCCGAGGCCGACCUGCAGUUCUCCAAGAAGUUCCUCAACGUCUUCGUCAACAGCACCUCCCGCUCCUCCAGCACAGAGUCCUUCGGGCUGUUCUCCUGCAUGGUGAACGGGGAGGAGCGGGAGCAAACCCACCGGGCCGUCUUCAGGUUCAUCCCCCGCCACGAGGAUGAGCUGGAGCUGGACGUGGACGACCCCAUCCUGGUGGAGCUGGAGGAGGAUGACUACUGGUACCGGGGCUACAACAUGCGGACGGGGGAGAGGGGUAUCUUCCCCGCCUUCUACGCCCACGAGGUCGUUGGCCAAACCAGGGAUGCCAUCGGCCUGAAGAGGAACCCGUGCUGGGUGGAGCGGUUCAACGUGCAGUUCCUGGGCUCGGUGGAGGUGCCGUACCACCAAGGCAACGGCAUCCUCUGCGCCGCCAUGCAGAAGAUUGCCACCACCAGGAAGCUGACGGUGCACCUGCGCCCGCCGGCCAGCUGCGACCUGGAGAUCACGCUGCAGGGCAUCAAGCUCAUCCUGACCGUCACCGAGUACAGCCGGGACGAGGAGCGCUGCAGCCACUUCUUCCAGAUGAAGAACAUCUCCUUCUGCGGGUGCCACCCCCGGAACAGCUGCUACUUUGGGUUCAUCACCAAGCACCCGGUGCUGAGCCGCUUCGCCUGCCACGUCUUCGUCUCCCAGGAAUCCAUGCGGCACGUCGCCGAGUGCGUCGGACGAGCGUUUCAGGAAUAUUACCAGGAGCACCUGGAGUACGCUUGCCCCACAGAGGACAUUUACCUGGAGUAA